AUGCCUAACAAUGUGUUGACUGAUGGUGUGAUGCCUUACAAUGUGUUGACUGAUAGUGUGAUACCUUACUAUGUGUCGACUGAUAGUGUGAUACCUUAUUAUGUGUUGACUGAGGGUGUGAUGCCUAACUAUGUGUUGACUGAUAGUGUGAUACCUUACUAUGUGUUAACUAAUAGUGUGAUGUCUUACUAUAUGUUGACUGAGAGUGUGAAGCCUUACAAUGUGUUGACUGAGAGUGUGAUGCCUUACUAUGUGUUGACUGAUAGUGUGAUACCUUACAAUGUGUUGACUGAUAGUGUGAUACCUUACAAUGUGUUGACUGAGAGUGUGAUGCCUUUCCAUGUGUUGACUGAGGGUGUGAUGCCUUACUAUAUGUUGAGUGAGGGUGUGAUGCCUUACAAUAUAGUGACUGAGGGUGUGGUGCCUUACUAUGUGCUGACUGAUGGUGUGAUGCAUUACCAUGUGUUGACUGAGGGUGUGAUACCUUACUAUGUAUUGACUGAGAGUGUGAUGCCUUACUAUGUAUUGACUGAGGGUGUGAUGCUAUACUAUGUAUUGACUGAUGGUGUGAUGCCUUACUAUGUAUUGACUGAUGGUGUGAUGCCUUACUAUGUGUUGACUGAUGGUGUGAUGCCUUAG